GUCGCAUUCGUGUUUGAUUUUCGAUUUAAGCUAGUUGUGUAGCUAGAAAAUAAUUAAAAUGCAGUGCAUCAACAAGAAAUUUACAGCAACUUUAUACUGCAAUGUUCAUGGCGUGCCUAGUCAAAUGGUUUUAUUGACAAUUAGAAAUAUUGGACUUGACAUUGAAUUAAGAUACAUUGACCUGUUUAAAGGCGAACAAAACACUCCAAAUUUUUUGAAAAUCAAUCCACUUCAUCAAAUUCCAGUGCUUCAUGUGGCUGAAGAUAAUUAUGUAGUGACAGAGUCGCGAGCAAUUAUGCUGUACUUAGCAAAUGUUACAAAAUCAUCGUUCUAUCCAAUUGAGCUGAAGAAGAGGUCGAUGAUUGAUUCGAGGUUGUUCUAUGAUGCAACAACUGCCUAUCCAGCUGUGAAGCAGUUUGUGCAUCAAAUUCUUCGCGUUGGCGUCAAGCGACUCCCAAAUGAAGUCCGUGAAAACAUUGAAAUCGUUCUCAGCACACUCGAUUCAAUGUUGAUUAAUUCAGAUUGGUUUGCGGGCGAUGAACUAACACUAGCUGACUUUGCAUUUCUACCAAGCGUAGAAUCGAUAAAGUGUUGGGGCGCAGACUUCAAGAAUUAUCCACGAUUGAAUAAAUGGUAUGAGAGAUGCAAGCCAUUACCAGGAUUCCAGGAAAAUCAUGAAGGAGCGAAGAAAUUGGCUGAUAAAUUGGCUAAAAUGAUUGACGAGCCUUUAUGGAAAGUAUAAGCUAAAUGAUGAACAUUUUAAUAAUUUUAUGAAUUUAAAAUAAAUGAUUUUUGGAGGAA